AUGGGGCUUGACAUUGCGACCUUCUCUGCUCAGCCCAUUACCCUCGCCAUCAUAGGUUGCGGGAGCCGCGGUACGGCUUACAGUGCGUAUGCCCUCGCUGAACCGACGAAAUGCAAGGUCGUCGCGGUCGCGGAGCCGCGCCCUAAGACGCGGAAGUUCAUGGCUGAGGGACAUAGCGUCGACAAGACUCUCGUUUUCAGUUCCUGGGAGGAUCUCUUGAAGGCUUCUGAGGAGACCAUUAAGACAGUGGGCAAGCGGCUCGCUGAUGCUGUGAUCAUCGCGGUUCAGGAUCGCAUGCAUCUUGAGGUCACUCUGGCCUUCGCCGCGCAAGGUUAUCAUAUUCUUUGCGAGAAACCAAUGUCGACCACUGUAGAGGACUGUGUCAAGAUGGAGGCUGCAGUGAAGAAGGCCGGUAUCAUAUUUGGAAUGGGUCACGUACUCCGCUACUCCCCCUACAACAAAGCCGUCUCGGAGAUCGUUUUGUCUGGGAAACUGGGUCAACUGAUCAACGUCGUUCAUAUCGAACCCGUAGGCUACUUCCAUUUUGCCCAUUCAUACGUCCGGGGCAACUGGGCCAGAGAGGAGGAAUGUUGCUUUUCGCUCAUGACGAAGAGCUGCCACGACAUUGAUUUGCUUUGCCAUUGGCUCUCCCCUGGGACUCCCACUCGCGUUUCCUCCUUUGGAUCGCUUCUCCACUUCCGAAAAGAGUCUAAGCCCAAGGAGGCUGGGGAGGCUACUAGUUGCCUUGACUGUUCCUAUGAACGCGAUUGCCCUUACAGCGCGAAGAAGAUCUACCUCGAUCCUGUGGCCAAGGGCCAACUUGGAUGGCCAGCGGCAACAAUCGUCGACGGUCUUCCCGACAUCGAGAACGUGACGUCAGCCCUCAGGCAUGGUCGGUACGGCCAGUGCGUCUACGAGAGCGACAAUAAUGUCUGCGACAACCAGAUUGUCAAUCUGGAAUUCUCAAAUGGAGCGACCGUGUCGUUCACGAUGAUCGCUCAAACAGAGCGCAUCUGCGAACGGCAAUCGCGGCUGCAUUUCUCGCACGGCGAGAUUGUCGGUGACAUGAAUACAUUCACAGUGACUGACUUCCGCACGGGCACCACGACACGCCAUACACCGCCGAGCGAGGGCGGAAACCAUGGUGGCGGAGACAUCGGUCUUAUUCGUACGUUCGUCGAGGCCGUGCGCACCGGGAAGCAAGAGCUGCUGGGAACCGACGUUACAGAGGUGCUGAAGAGCCAUCUGACGGUCUUCGCAGCGGAGAAAAGUCGUCGUGAGGGUACGGUUGUAAACUGUGCGGAUUUCGAGCGCGAAGCAAAGGCCAAGUUUGUUUAA